AUGCGUGUCAAGCAUCCCUACAUACCUCCCAAUCCCGCUUCACAGGAUGAUCGCGUGGAAAGAGCGGGGACAGAGGCCGCUCCUCCGUACAGCUACCCCGGCCUUGGUCGGAGUUUAUAUUACCUGCCGGAAGGACAAGAGGAACAAUACCCGCGAGCCAUGGGUCCGAACAAUUGGAGCGGGCAGUCAGAGUUACUCUUCGCCCGUGAGGUCGCCAUGAUGAUUAUUAUGGACUAUCUCACAGACAAAGCGGAUUGGCACCGAAAAGUGUUUGACGAUAGAAUUGCCGAUAGAUGGGUUGAAGAAGCCCUCGAGAUACCAGUCGAGCCUUUAUGGUGUGAAAUAAUUGGUUAUAGGACGUCCGGAAGAGUCGAAGAAGAUCUCCUGGGCCCAGAGUCUUCAGAGGGCUUUAUUACCAAAGAAAUGAUGAUCUACUGUAUCAAGGAGCUCCGCCAGAAAGCCCACUUGACGAAGGAGACAGGACUAGUUCCAACUCUGGACGCCUCCGCCUCUGUGGUCAAGUCGGAUACGAUCGUCGGGGAGGAACUUCAGAAGGAGCUCAUUCACGCCUUCGGCAGGCUCAAAACCGACCAGGCUCACGCCCCAGAUUGGCAUCCCGGCACCGACGAAAUGGUCCAAGAUUUAGUACACCCGUCCAUGUAUCCGCUAGUUUGGGGCCGAAGCGGAAUCGUACGGAAGCCACUCGUGCAAGUUGAUGAUGCCGUCGAAAAGUGGCUCGGGAAAGGCGAGGUCUGGGAACCGCGACUGCAUCCCAACCCGUACUUGUCCCGGUACCGGGACGACACAUGGUUUUGGAGUAAAACCUACCAGUGGCUCCCGUCCAACGUCGCCUUCGAAGACGACGGAAGCGUCAAGUUUACGAGCUACAUUAAUAACCUUCAUCCCGAGAGAUAUCCUGAGAUAUAUCGAACAGUUGAGAAGCUCAUCGAAAAGGCUCUCCCAGCUUGGGACUAUUGUCUUGCGCAAUGCGAUGGUACACAAUCGUAUUCUGAUGGAUUUGAAAGGUCGGAACCGAGGUUUUCUAAACCUGAGAAUCCCGACGACGAAAACGACGAUAACUGGAUCGACAACACACCCGAAGGUAUUGUGUAUGAUCCGGAGAAGGACGACCACUUUGAUCGGCGGGAGUACGAGCGCACGAGAGAGGAGUAUAUUGAACUGAGGCUCUUCAAGUUGUUCCGCAAACCCAAACACCCAGACCCUCUUGAGUAUCAGCCCAUCGACUAUAGCAUCGAUCCAGAGGACACUUUAAGAGAACAAUUUAGAGACACCGGACUACAAAUAAUUGUUAAAAUGGCUAGCAUCGAGCUGACGCCGGAGAAGCCAUACUUCCCCGGAGGGAACUGGCAUCUCGAGGGCCAGCUCAAUGAACAUAUUGUUGGGACUGCUCUCUACUACUUGAGCACCGAAAAUGUCACCCCAAGCCGCCUAAGGUUUCGAAUGGCCACGGAUCACGAACCGGAAGAUCUCUUCGGCAACGUCGGGCAGGACGCAUACUCUUGGAUGGAGGAGGUGUACGGGACUAGUUUCGGCGCCCAUGAAAAGGCACCCGCGUUGCAGAACUACGGCAGCGUGGAAACUAGGGAAGGACGGCUGCUCGCCUUCCCAAACGUAUUUCAACACUGCGUUACUCCGUUUGAGCUUGUGGACCCCACGAAGCCGGGCCACCGCCGUUUCAUAGCUCUCUGGCUCGUCGACCCCUUUGUCCCUAUCAUCAGCACGGCGAACGUGCCGCCGCAGCAGGCCGAAUGGGGCGAGGGCGGCGCUACGGCCAAUCCGGAACUCGAGCCGGAUGACGAGUGGCCGAUGACGAGAGAAGAGGCGUUGAAGCAUCGGGAAGCGUUGAUGGCGGAAAGGUCGGUGCUGGAGAAUAAGAAUCGUGACGAGUGGCUCCGUUACUGCUAUGAUUUUUGCGAGCACUGA